AUGGUGAACGAGAAAGCUGUUUCUGGAAACACCAUAGUACCCCUCCAUGGUCUGAUAACAUCUUCUGAAGUUUCUGCUACAACACAGAUCAAUCAGUCACUAUCAACCACUAAAAGAAGAGCCUUCGAUGAAGAGAAGAAAGCCAAUGCUCCUAAGAAGCGAGCUGUUCUUGAGGAUAUCACCAAUGUAACUUGCGAUACAAGUUGUUUCAAUGCAGCUAAAAAUCAGGCAAAUUCUUCAAAGGUUGCAUCAUCUCCUGUUACUUCAGAAGUUAAAGAUGCAAAGGUUGAAAUUAUGUCAAAUUCACAAGGAGUAAGCUUGAAAUUCGUAGACAUUGAUUCAGAUGACAAGGAUCAUCUACUCUGUAGCCUCUAUGCACCUGAGAUCUACUCCAACCUGCGUAUUGAUGAGCUUAAACGCCGACCAUUUCCUGAUUUUAUGGAGACAACUCAAAGAGAUGUGAAUGAGAAGAUGCGUGGAAUUCUGGUUGAUUGGCUUGUAGAGGUGUCAGAUGAAUUCAAACUUGUACCAGACACUCUCUACCUCACAGUGUAUCUCAUAGAUUGGUUUCUCCAUGGAAACUACAUGGAAAGACAAAGACUUCAAUUGCUUGGUAUCACUUGUUUGCUCAAUGCAUCAAAAUACGAGGAGAUAUAUGCGCCACGGAUUGAGGAGUUGUGCUUCGUGACAGAUAACACGUACACAAGAGAUCAAGUCCUUGAAAUGGAGAGCCACGUGUUAAAGCAUUUUAGCUUCCAAAUUUACACUCCCACUUCAAAAACAUUCCUAAGGAGAUUUAUCCGAGCAGCUCAAGCUUCUUACCUGAAACCUAGUCUGGAAAUGGAGUUUCUGGCGAAUUAUCUUACGGAAUUGACGCUAAUAGACUACCAAUCCUUGAAGUUUCUUCCUUCGGUAAUUGCUGCUUCGGCUGUUUUUCUUGCCAAAUGGACAUUGAACCAAUCAAGCCACCCUUGGAAUCCAACUCUUGAGCAUUAUACAACGUACAAAGCCUCCGAUCUCAAAGCAUCUGUUCAGGCCUUGCAAGAUCUACAGCUUAACACCAAAGGAUGCUCCUUAAACUCUGUACGCGUGAAGUAUAGGCAAGCGAAGUUCAAAUCUGUGGCGGUUUACACUUCUCCCAAGCUACCUGACAAGCUAUUCUGA